AUCGAAAUGGAUAAGGUACAACAUAUGUUAUAUGAAAGAUUGAUUGCAGCAGGCAAGCAUUUUGAAGUGUCAAUGCAAUUUAGGAGACUAAAGACUGAUCAAGAACGCAUAGUAUUUACUCUGAAUCUAAUGCAAGAAUAUGGUAUAGUUCCUAGUACAACUGGUAGGCCAAAAAAUGCCGAAGAAUCUGAAAAAUUACGGGUGAAAGGCAAUAAGAUUUUUGUCACAGGCAUCUUGAAUGAUAUGAUAUGUAUGAAUGUGUUGAAAUUGUAUACUAAGAGUAUAGCCUUUGCACCUUAUCCGUCUGAACAACUUGCUCGUGGUUAUGCCAAUAGAUCAGCAGUUUUAUUUAAAUUAGGCUUAUACUUAGAGUGUAUUCAAGACAUUAACAGAGCAUUAGCUCUAAAUUAUCCUGAUAAUCUGAGAGUAAAACUUUAUCUGCGUAAAACAGAAUGUUUAAUGAUUCUGGGGAAUCAUUCUGUAGAAGACACACUUAAGGAGGCACAGCACUGGCUAGACAAGAUGUCUAUAAAUGAUACAAAUCGAGAAAGAUUAACAGCGAAGUUUGAUAUUUUACACAAUAAAACUAUGCAGACAAAAGUAAAUACUGGGAACACAAGAGCAAAAAUAGAGGAUAUUCCUGAUCUUCCUGUUAUUGAAUCUUGCAAUAAUGAAGUUCCUUGUGCAUCAGAUGCAGUAGCCAUAAAAUAUAAUAUGCACUACGGCAGACACGUUGUUGCUACUCGUAAAAUUCAUCCAGGGGAGGUAAUUGCUGUGGAGAAACCUUAUUCAUUAAUAUUAGUGCAAGAAAAUAUGCAAACACAUUGCUCCAAUUGUUUAAGGGUGUGUUGGGCAAACAUACCCUGUAACUAUUGUACUUAUGCUAUGUAUUGUUCUGAAGAGUGUAGAAAUAUUGAAUGGGAGAAAUGUCAUGAUAUAGAAUGUGCUGUUUUUUCUAUUGUGCUCGAAUAUUUGACCUAUAACUUUGAUUUAUGUAGCAUAAGGCUUGCUGUGCUUGCUCUGAGAGAAGCUGGUGGUAUUGAGGAAUUAAGGACAAUGUUAAAAGAAAUUGACGAACAUGAUGAUCCACGAACAAGAGGUUUUUCUCGUGAUGGAAAAUUACAUAGCGAUAAAUAUAUUGGCGUGUAUAGUCUAGUGACGAAUUCUGAGAAAAGAUCCGUGUCUGAUCUCUUCAAGAGAACUUUUGAUACUUCUUUUAUUGUAUACUUCUUAGCAACACGUACUGUGAUAUUUGGUGCUAAAUUACCAGAGGAUUUAAGUGGAUUGGCGAAUAACAACGACGUUAUAUUCAUUGGUAGUCUUAUUUUAAGACAUCAACAAAUAAUUCCCAGCAAUAUGCACAGUUUUGGUGAAGUACAAGGUUUAGAAUAUGUAGAACGCGGUAUAGCCUGUAUGCCAUUUUUUAGUUUAAUUAAUCAUAGCUGCAAUCCAAAUAUAUUAAGGCACUCAAGAUCUGAGCAUAUAGUAAUGUAUGCUAUGUAUCCCAUUGAAAAGGACGAACAGUUAUUCGACAAUUAUGGCAAACACUAUGCCGUCAUGCCAAAAGUAACGAGGCAACGAAAACUAUAUGAACAGUAUUAUUUUGUCUGUAAUUGCAUACCUUGCCAGCAAGAUUGGCCCUUAUAUAGUAUAUUACGGUCGUAUGAGACUUUAGUGGAGAGACCAGAGGAUAAGGCUAUAAUAAAAAAGGCGUUAAAGAAAUUUAAUACGUAUGUUGAUUUAGCGACAAUAGGCAACGUUCCGAAUAGAUCUGAUAUCAUUAAAGACUUGCUGAAAAUGGUACAAGUAUUGCAUGAUCAUGCACCAAUGCCUUGUGAAGAAAUGAGUAAUGUCAUUGAGACAUUAAAACGGAUAUAUGAUUUCAAUGGGAAUGUAUGUGAGAUACCACAUUUGCAAAAGUAA